AUAAAGAUCUGCAGUUUCACAUUGUUAAGCAGGCUAGAGCUCAAAGUGCAAAAGAAGGUACCAGCUACAGUGAAGGAUCUUACUCAUUACUGCCUGUAGAAGUUCCUCAAAAUCACAAGCGUUUCACCUGUGACCUGACUCAAGCUGAUCGCCUUGCUCUUUAUGAUUACGUUGUUGAGGAAACAAAGAAACAGAGGUCUAGAUCUCAAAUCACAGAAAAUGACAGUGACCUCUUUGUGGAUUUAGCAGCAAAAAUCACCCAAGAUGAUAGUCAGAAAGGUCCGAAGUCCCAUCUUGAAAUUCUGGCUGAAAUGCGAGACUACAAAAGGCGGCGGCAGUCAUACAGGGCUAAGAAUGUUCAUAUAACAAAGAAGUCUUACACUGAGGUGAUCCGGGAUGUGAUUGGUGUACAUAUGGAAGAACUCAGCAAUCACUGGCAAGAGGAGAAUAGGCUGGAUAAUGCAGAGAUAUGUGACGGAGGGAAGUCGAAAUCUUCAGGAAGGAAGAGAGGCGGUCAGCUUCAGUGGACUCACGGCAGUCUGGAGGAAGCUGUAAGGAUACUGAACGCACCAGACAUAGGAGAGAGAGCAGCAGGAGUCCAAAUAAACGAAAAAGGAGUCGCGAAAGAGGCAAAGACAGAGAUUCUUGGAGAAAAAGAGAGAGGGAUGAAGACAAAUAUCACAGCCAUAAAAGACGAAAAUAGAAACAAGAACUUGAUUAUUUUGUUUGUCAGCUGUUCAGAAAUUACUUGCACAGGAACUAUCGUUACUGUGGCUGUGCCAAGGACAGUGAGACUGUGUACGUAA